UUUGCGGAGCAGACAGAGCUGUCGGCGAUUCUUCCUGUUGUAAAGUCAUGCUGUGUGUAACCUCCUGUCGCCGAUCCAUCAUGCAAUGUGUGAACACCGCAGCGACUGAACGCUACCCCAGAUAGUCGUGCAGUGUGAAAACAACGGUGAUCCGAUGACUCUGAAAAUCAUGCAGUGUGAACUCGACGUGUUAACACAUGAAUAGUGCAUCGCUAUGUACGUUUAGGGAGUGCAGAUGCAUGCAUAGUUUGUUUCAGUACGCGGCUUUGGUCAGGUACGCGUUUGUGUGUGACAACCUCGGACAUCAGCCAAUCACAGACGGCCGUACAUUGGUCAGCCAAUCACAGCGCAGCGCCGAGCGUCACAACCGGGACGCUGCAGCUGAGCGCUGAUGCUUAGAUCAGUGUAAUAUCCAACGAGACAGGCGCAACCUCACACCUGCUUUUCCGUUAUAUUACUUCACCAAACCGACGGAUUCUUUAAGACUUACUAUCAUUCGCGUUUAACCAACAUCCAUGCGAUUCUUCAGGCUUACCUUCAAGUGCUUUGUCGACUGCUUUUGAGACCCUUUUAUUCAUUGUCUGCCAGCGACGCACGUCAAUUAUUAUAAUUUGGAGAUCAAUCUUGUCAACGUUCUGCUGAGGAUCAAUUUCACACAAACAAUCAGACAGCAACCCCACGGAAAAGUACUGAACAACGCGAAUUAAAAAAUAAUAAAACGUGAAGAACCGUUAUUUGUAAAUUCUCGGGCGCGCGGCGCUCCUGCUGGCCAGCGCGCGGCAUGUCGCCAGAAGAGCAUUUCUCCAACUGCUCUAAAAACUGUCGAGUUAUCUGAACAGGAUCCAGAUCUGGUCUCUCCAUGUAUUUACCUAUGAUGGCGGCACGUGUGAGGAUGAAUCUCAGGAGGAAGCAGAAGUCGCCCGUCCUUUGGUGUCAGAGACUGAGGGGUCCAGUACGGAGGUUGCUGAGCCCAGUGUUUGCACGGGUUUGAUGGAGACCGGUGACCCCAACACAGACCUGGGGCAUUCAGAGCGACAAACAUGGAGCAGACAGAUGGACUUUAUCAUGUCCUGUGUUGGAUUUGCUGUUGGCCUUGGAAACGUCUGGAGAUUUCCUUACCUCUGUUAUAAGAAUGGAGGAGGUGUGUUUCUGAUCCCCUAUAUCCUGAUGGUGUUUGUUGGAGGUGUUCCAGUGUUCUUCCUGGAGAUCGCAUUGGGUCAAUUCAUGAAACAGGGUGGGGUCGCCACAUGGAACAUCGCGCCUCUUUUUAAAGGGCUUGGAUUGGCAUCAAUGGUGAUCGUGUUCUUCUGCAACACCUACUACAUCAUGGUUCUGGUUUGGGGCCUGUAUUUUCUGGCUCACUCCUUCACUUCCCCUCUGCCGUGGGCCACGUGUGGACACGAGUGGAACACGGUCAACUGUACCACUAACUUCAGCCGUGCGUGUUUCAAUCAGUCACUGUCCCCUUCCCUUCCCAACGUCUCCUCCCCCAACACCAGCGCCAGCUGUCUGGAGCACACGGGUUUGCGAUCAUCUGUUAUGGAAUUCUGGGAGCGUAAAGUCCUACGUCUGUCUGGUGGUUUGGAUGAAGUGGGUGACAUCAACGGUUACAUGGUCUUGUGUCUGCUUGCUACGUGGGUCAUUGUCUACUUCUGCAUCUGGAAGGGUGUUAAGUCCGCUGGAAAGGUUGUAUAUUUCACAGCUGUGUUCCCAUAUCUGGUCCUGGUGGUCUUGUUUGUUCAUGGCGUCUCACUGCCAGGAGCUAUUAAUGGCAUUAUUUACUACCUGAAACCAAACUGGAGCAAACUCUCAGAGGCACAGGUAUGGAUUGAUGCUGCCACACAGAUCUUCUUUUCUUAUGCUAUCGGUCUGGGGGCCCUGACAGCUCUUGGGAGCUACAACCGAUUCAACAACAACUGUUACCAGGAUGCAUUCGUUCUGGCUCUCAUAAACAGCGGCACAAGCUUCUUUGCAGGAUUUGUGGUUUUCUCAGUUUUGGGAUUCAUGGCGUCCGAACAAGGCGUCGACAUCAGCAAUGUGGCAGAAAGUGGUCCUGGUUUAGCAUUUAUUGCCUAUCCUAAAGCAGUGUCGCUCAUGCCUUUAGCGCCGCUGUGGGCGGUGCUGUUCUUUCUCAUGCUUCUGGUGUUGGGAUUGGACAGUCAGUUUGUUGGUGUUGAAGGCUUUAUUACUGGAAUAAUGGACAUGCUGCCCCCAAAGUCAUUCCUCGGCUCUCAGCGUCGUGAAGUUAUUGUGGCAAUAUGCUGCUUUACCUGUUUUACUAUUGAUCUUUCCAUGGUAACACAGGGAGGGAUGUAUGUGUUUCAGCUGUUUGAUUAUUACUCCGCGAGUGGGAUUACUCUGCUCUGGCAAGCCUUCUGGGAGUGUGUGGUGGUUGCCUGGGUGUAUGGUGCUGAUCGCUUCAUGGACAAUGUGGCCUGUAUGAUUGGCUAUCGUCCUCUGCCGUAUAUGAAGUGGUGCUGGUCUUAUGUCACUCCGGUAGUGUGUAUGGGUGUUUUCUUUUUUCAUGUGGUCAACUACAAGCGAUUAGUGUAUAAUGCGGUGUAUGUGUACCCGUGGUGGGGUGAGGUGCUGGGCUGGUUUCUCGCUCUCUCAUCAAUGCUUUGCAUUCCUGUCACCGUCCUCUACAAACUGCUGCACUGCAAAGGCUCUCUCAUGGAGCGUUGGCAGCAUCUGACGACACCUAUCUGGGGUCGACAUCACCUCGAGUUCCUUCCACCUGAGAAUGAAGCCAGACUUCUACCAAAGGCAGAAGAGAAUAAAAACACACUGUUAUAUGAAAGUGUCAUUUAAUAUCCUGGCCAGCACUAGCAAAUGAUCGGAUACAGACAGCACUGCCCUACACACACUCACGCACACGCACACACACACACACACACACACAGUAGUGUUCGCUCUGUCAUGAUGCUAGAGAAUCAUUCAAGUCAAGUCCAUACUACACUGCAGAGCACCCAUAUGCCAUUAACAUACACAGUGUCAUCCCACUUCAGCCACACUAGAGCCUGCACAUAUCAACUGUCAUGCAGUAAUAAUGCUGAUCUUCUCUCAGUGUAAUUAUAUUUCAGAAGAAGGCCUCAGGCGCACAAGAUAAUCAUGCGAGCUUGUGCUUGACUGACCGUUAUCUGCCAGUGUGCUGAUGUUGUUCAGUAUUAUGUGUUUGUGUUUGUGUUUGUGUUUGUGUUUGUUACGUUGCACUGAGAUCAUACAGCAGUGUUUUGGAGCAGAGAGUGGGCUAAUUAAUAAAAAAUAAAUGAAAAAAAUUUAGACCAAAAUCAUAUUGUGUGCAU